AUGGUGGGAGGUGGUGAUAAGAAAACUUCGAAAUUGCCUCUGGUGUCUCUGAAUCAUGUCUCAUUCGCUUGCAACUCUGUGACCGAGUCUGUGAGGUUCUAUGAGGAUGUUUUGGGCUUUGUGCUCAUCAAACGUCCUUUUUCUUUCAACUUUGAGGGUGCUUGGCUGUUCAACUAUGGUAUUGGGAUUCGUUUGCUGGAGUCUGCUGGAAACAGCCCAGCAACAAAAGGAAGGAUAAAUCCAAAGGACAACCCCAUUCCAUUCCAAUGCUCAGACAUAAAGCUGGUUACGCAGAAACUGGAGGAGAUGAAGAUACAGUAUGUCACGGCAGUGGUGGAAGAAGGUGGCAUUCAAGUUGAUCAACUUUUCUUUCAUGACCCAGACGGCUACAUGCGUAUUGUUACUGUUCCAGAUGAGUUGAUCUACCUCCAAGAAACUGAUGAUAUUGCAUGA